AUGGACAAAAAAGAGCUCUACCCCAGAAUUGGAGCCGAUCCCCCAUCAGCAAAGAAGGAAGACAGCUUUAAGAUAAGUCAUCCUAGUAUUAGAGUAAAAGGAACAGAAAAUGAAUUUGAUCCUGUUGAUUGUAAUGAUAUUCAAUGUUCUAUCAAAUCUUUUCAUAUGCAUUGCCCUUUCUGUGUUAAAACAGAAUCGUAUCAAGAUUCACGUAUUUUGAAAGCUCACUAUCAUGUUAAACAUGUUGAUAAGGGAAUAGAAUUUGGUGGACUAAAGAUUCUUCGUUGCUGUGAAAGAUGUGAUAUUGUUGGAGCAAUUAAGGAAGAAAAAAAAUUUAAAGGAGCUCAUUGGCAUUGUUUUAUAUGUAAAAAUGGAUUUAAUCGUAGAGAUGAAGCUAUAAAACAUUAUAAAACUCAUUUUCGUCACCCUUGUACUACUCUGCAGAUACAUGUUCCACAGGUAAAAUUUAAAAUUAUUUUUCAUUUACAUUUCAUAUUUAUUAGAAUGGCUACUUGUUGGUUAAAUAUAAAUAUGUGUUUAGAGCUACACAUAUUUAACAAAGAUCUUUCCAAAUAAGCUUUAAAAUAUAUACAGUAUAUUCUUGAUUAUCUGGAUUAAUCAUUGGUAAUGAAGGCAAGAAUAA